AUGGAAUCUGAGAGAAGGGGGUGGAAUCUAGGAGAAGGGGAUGAAAUCUGGGAGAAGGGGAUGGAAUCUGGGAGAAGGGGAUGGAAUCUAGGAGAAGGGGAUGGAAUCUGGGAGAAGGGGAUGGAAUCAGGGAGAAGGAGAUGGAAUCUGGAAGAAGGGGAUGGAAUCUGGGAGAAGGGGGUGGAAUCUAGGAGAAGGGGAUGGAAUCUGGGAGAAGGGGAUAGAAUCUGGGAGAAGGGGAUGGAAUCUGGGAGAAGGGGAUGGAAUCUGGGAGAAGGGGAUGGAAUCUGGGAGAAGGGGAUGGAAUCUGGGAGAAGGGGAUGGAAUCUGGGAGAAGGGGGUGGAAUAUGGGAGAAGGGGAUAGAAUCAAGGAGAAGGGGAUGGAAUCAGGGAGAAGGGGAUGGAAUCUGGGAGAAGGGGAUGGAAUCUGGGAGAAGGGGAUGGAAUCUGGGAGAAGGGGAUAGAAUAUGGGAGAAGGGGAUGGAAUCUGGGAGAAGGGGAUGGAAUCUGGGAGAAGGGGAUGGAAUAUGGGAGAAGGGGAUGGAAUCUGGGAGAAGGGGAUGGAAUCGGGGAGAAGGGGAUGGAAUGAGGGAGAAGGGGAUGGAAUCUGGGAGAAGGGGAUGGAAUCUGGGAGCAGGGGAUGGAAUAUGGGAGAAGGGGAUGGAAUCUGGGAGCAGGGGAUGGAAUCGGGGAGAAGGGGAUGGAAUGAGGGAGAAGGGGAUGGAAUCUGGGAGAAGGGGAUGGAAUCUGGGAGAAGGGGAUGAAAUUUGGGAGAAGGGGAUGGAAUCUGGGAGAAGGGGAUGGAAUCUAAGAGAAGGGGAUGGAAUCUGGGAGAAGGGGUUGGAAUCUGAGAGAAGGGGAUGGAAUCUGGGAGAAGGGGAUGGAAUCUGGGAGAAGGGGGGGAUGGAAUCUGGGAGAAGGGGAUGGAAUCUGGGAGAAGGGGAUGGAAUCAGGGAGAAGGGGAUGGAAUCUGGGAGAAGGGGAUGGAAUCUGAGAGAAGGGGAUGGAAUAUGGGAGAAGGGGAUGGAAUCUGGGAGAAGGGGAUGGAAUCAGGGAGAAGGGGAUGGAAUCUGGGAGAAGGGGAUGGAAUCUUGGAGAAGGGAUGGAAUCUGGGAGAAGGGGAUGGAAUCGGGGAGAAGGGGAUGGAAUGAGGGAGAAGGGGAUGGAAUCUUGGAGAAGGGGAUGGAAUCUGGGAGAAGGGGAUGGAAUCGGGAAGAAGGGGAUGGAAUGAGGGAGAAGGGGAUGGAAUCUGGGAGAAGGGGAUGGAAUCUGGGAGAAGGGGAUGGAAUCUGGGAGAAGGGGAUAGAAUAUGGGAGAAGGGGAUGGAAUCUGGGAGAAGGUGAUGGAAUCUGGGAGAAGGGGGUGGAAUCUGGGAGAACGGGGUGGAAUCUAGGAGAAUGGGAUGGAAUAUGGGAGAAGGGGAUGGAAUCGGGGAGAAGGGGAUGGAAUGAGGGAGAAGGGGAUGGAAUCUGGGAGAAGGGGAUGGAAUAUGGGAGAAGGGGAUGGAAUCUGGGAGAAGGGGAUGGAAUCGGGGAGAAGGGGAUGGAAUGA